ACAUAGGUUCAUUGCUUUGUGUUUAGUGGCGGUGUACUUGAGUUUGGUGCUAUUCUAUUUGAGUUUCACAUGUGUCGCGUCGUCUUAGCGUUUCGGGAUAAUUACUUCCGAAUUUGCCUGCAUCUUACUACGAAAAGGACAUUAUCUUUCGGUAUUUACUGAUGUUUCAAGCUUUUUCACACGCGAUCCUGUUUAAUCUAUUUCUACUAAAAUUUAUAUCAAUGGAUUCUAAUAUUUCUCAUUCACCAAUCUUGUCAUGAUGCCUGACCGUUCUUAUAGUCAGGCAAACAGUUCAGUUGACGAUAGCCACGUGAUAUCAAACGCGGCUAGUUUUUGUGAACUGAGUGACCAUGUCUGCGCUGCUGACAAUAAUCUUAGUCGUUUAUCACCACCAUCUGCUACAUUUCUAAUUCAUGGUUCAGAGACGCCUCAUCAUGCUCCUGCUCCUCCUGUCCGGUCUUCAAGCACACUACGAAAAAAGGAUAAAACUGUUUUGCCUCCAUCAAAACCUUUACCAACUCCACCAGGGAAAGAAGAAAAGAAGAAAAAAAAGAAGGUGAAAAUGUUUCGAUUUCCUAAAUUUGGUCGAUCAGAGAAAACUGAACCACAAAUUUCUGGUCCAACUGAAGUUACACAUAACCUUCAUGUAGCAUUCGAUAAAUCAACAGGAGAAAUUAAGGGUCUUCCGAUGUCCUGGCAAAUGCUUCUAACAGCAUCAAAUAUAUCACGUACAGAACAAGAAAAGAAUCCAGAAAUUCUUCUUGGUGUACUUCAAUGCUUUGAUGAAUCAGCUAAACAGAAAGAUAAAUAUAUGACAAAUGUAUCUGUUCUUACAAACUCAUCUGGAUCUAUUGAAUCUAUGAAUUCCAACUCUCGUUCUUGUUCCGUUUCCUCUCAAAGUAUACAAAUAGCUCCGGGUCAUUGUGAUAUUGGCUGUUUGCAUUCAACCGCUUACCCAUCUGGUGUAUUCAACUCUACUACAUCAGUAUCUGUACCUAUUUCUGGUGAAGACAAUAAUUUAAUUAUGUCAAUGGCUGAAACUAGUCUGACAGGAAUAGCAAUCAGUUCCAGUGGUCUUCCGGCAACAACACAUUCUUGUGCCGGUAGCAAUAGCAGUGGUCGUGGUAGUAGUUGUACUACAAAUAGUGGAAGUGUCGGUGGUCGAGGUGUAAGCGGUGGUGUCCCGAAUGGUUUGAGUGCUGCAAGCUUAGUAGAAUUAACUUCUAAUCAUACUCAUGGAUGUCCUUUGGGUCCUGGUAGAAGAACAAGCACAGGAGGAGCAGUAUUUUCAGGUGGUAUUAGCCCAACUUGUACAUUCGGUGGACGUGCAAGUGGUUCAACGAUCCCUGAAAUGUCCCCUGCUCUUGGAAAUCAUAGAGGUAUCAAUGAUGCAGGAGAUAUUGCACGUUCUGGACCAGAUCCCUUGAUAUCAGCCAACUCAGGAACUCUGACAAAUGGACAAUUUCUUAACCAUGGCCAUCAUGUAAGAGACACACAUCUUGUAGGUGAUAGUCAUAAUGGUCAUGCAGCAGUCUCUGUACCGAUUUUCCCAAUGACAUCUGGUGUUAGUCUUGGUGGACUUAGCAGUAGCCGUAGUAGUGGUUGUUCACUAUCCUGUUCUGGUGCUAGUGGUAAUGUUAGUAUUUCUGGUUUAACAAAUUCAAUCAGUAUGACUGGACAACUUUUUGGCGGUACAAAUAGUAGUGGAAGUAGUCCUACAAGUGUGUUGCCUCCUACUAUGAUACCAUCUCAAACAACUGUAUCGUAUAAUAAUUGUUGUUCAUUUGGAUCUUAUCCGUCAUCAUCAUCAUCUCCACCACCGCCUGUUCCACCUCAUGCAACUGUUGUAAUGAAGAAUUUAGAAUUUUCUGAAAUUGGCAGUAUUAAAGAAGAAGGUACCUUACGACAUACCUCUUCAUUUCAUAAUACAAUCCCUCAAUCAUCAAUAAGUAUAUUGUCUCAAGAAGAUUUAUUAGUUCCAGAAUCAUGUAUGAUGGUAGGCGGUUCUUCUUCUGAUGAAGAAGACGAUGAGGAUGAAGAACACGAACAAGACGAAGAUGAUGAAGAAGGCGAAGUAGUAGACAAUGAAGAGGAUAGCGAGAAUGAACAAAGUGAAUUGAGCAAUAACGAGAUAACUACAUCUCAAGUUACUGUAGAAUGGAUGACAAGCAGUGAAACUGGAAGCAAUUUACCUACUCCAAUGACUAUGUCAAAGGACUCAGAAUAUGCCAUUUCAUCAAAUGAAACUUUCGAAAAUCGAAACGGUCUAUCCACCUCAAAUCGAACAACUUCAAGUGCUGCUGCUACUACUACUACUGCUGCUGAAUAUGUGAAUGUUAAUUUAUCGGAUUUCGAUAAUGGGACAACAAAAAUUCAACCAAUUACUUCUGAACGAGUUAUCCCACCAGCUGUUCCCGUCAAACCUCAAGGUUUAACUCAGGUGUUUCGUAUACAGCAACAGGUUAAAAUGCAACCAUCAUCCAAUUCCUCUUUACCACGACAAACUAAUAAAAUCAAUGAUUCUACUUCUGUUAAUACAGCACCAAUAACUGCUGCUGUCGAAGAUGUAAUAAAAUCAACUACACCAAGUGCACCAAGACGUCGUACAGGGAAUCAUCGGUUAACUGAUCAACAAGUUCACGAUAAACUAAGAGCUAUUGUCAGCAAAGGAGAUCCUUAUCAGAAAUAUCGUAUGGUGGAUAAAAUUGGGCAAGGUGCAUCUGGUGUUGUAUAUAGUGGAUAUGAAAUGUCAACUGGCAAUUUAGUCGCCAUUAAACAAAUGAAUUUAUCUCAACAACCUAAAAAAGAAUUGAUCAUCAAUGAAAUUCUAGUCAUGAAGGCUAAUCGUCAAGCGAAUAUUGUAAAUUAUCUAGACAGUUACUUGGUAUCUACUUCAAUCUCUUCCAGUAUGGAUUCUCAUCAUAUGAAUAGUUCAAAUGUUAAACACCAACAGAAUUAUAAUGACAGUCUGAAUUCAUCAAUAAUUAAUUCAGGCAAUUCAUCAAAAGGCGAAGAAUUAUGGGUUGUUAUGGAGUAUUUAGACGGAGGUUCACUUACUGAUGUUGUCACAGAGACGUGUAUGGAAGAAGGACAUAUUGCAUCAAUAUGCAGAGAAAUUCUAUGUGCACUUGAAUUUCUACAUGCAAAUCGUGUAAUUCAUCGUGAUAUCAAAUCAGAUAAUAUUCUUCUCGGUAUGGAUGGAUCUGUAAAACUUACUGAUUUUGGAUUUUGUGCACAAUUAAGUAAUGAUGGAACAAAGCGUUCAACUAUGGUUGGUACACCAUAUUGGAUGGCACCAGAAGUUGUUCUACGUAAACAAUAUGGUCCAAAAGUGGAUAUAUGGUCGUUAGGAAUUAUGGCUAUUGAAAUGGUUGAUGGUGAACCGCCUUAUCUAAAUGAAAAUCCUGUUCGAGCUCUAUAUCUAAUUGCUACUAAUGGUAAACCGGAAAUUAAAGAACGAGAUCGUUUAUCCAGUACAUUUCUUAAUUUUCUUGAUCGUUGCUUAGAAGUGGACGUUGAACAAAGAGCUACAGCAACUGAAUUAUUACAACAUCCGUUUAUAUGUCGAUGUGCUAAACCUCUGAGUUCUUUAGUUCCAUUGAUCAAUUUAGCCAGAGAACAAAGUAACCGUCGUUUUAUUAGAUAAACAAGAAGAAGAAGAAGAAGAAAAGUUGUAAACCAAUACAUUUGUGUAUAUUAUUCAUAUAUGUUGCUGUUAAUCUCUAUACAUCUAUACUUUACUUUACAAUUGAGCACACCAACCAUUAAUAAUACAAUAUGACUUGAAUACAUUUUAAAUGAUGUACACAUAAAGGUGAAAUUGUCUAAUCAAUUUUAACCUCUAUAUGGUUCUUUCUUUAUAAGUUUUUUUUUAAAAAAAAAGUUUAUUUUAAUCUGCGUUUAUUUCUUGCAAGUCGUAAUCAUUUCUCAUUAUAUAUAUUUUUUCUAAAUAUUAUAAACACAUCAACUCUUUGUACAUUUCAAAUUGUAUCUUUACUGCAAAUUGAGGUGUGUGUGUGUGUGUACUUGACACCUUUUUUUAUAUUAUUCCUUUCUCUGUUUGUUUUUAUUCCACUUGACGCUAAUUAUUCUCUAAUUUUAUAUUCCCCUAUAUUAUUUGUUUUAAUGUGUGAGUAGAAAAAGAAUGAUCUGUAAAAUUGUAUGAGAUCAGAUACACCUUGAAGAAUACAAAUUAUGCCUGUUCAACUAUUGUCAACCAAUGAAAUCAGUAUAAUUCAAAUACCAUACUAUUGGUUAUCACAGCAGUUUUUAAUUUAUUAAAUGGGUUCAGUUAGAAAUUCACCUUUUUUUUUCUUCAUCUUUAUGACUCAUUGUUGUGAAGUUUCAGUAUUGUUCAUUUUUAACUGAAAAUUUAACAUGGAUAUUUUUCAAUCGAUUUAUAUAAUAAUAUGUGGUAGGUAAACUCUUAUGUUAUUGCUUUACUACUACUACCACUACUACUACUACUGCUACUAUUUACGUUUGAUUUGUAUUCUUUUAAGUUGAUGAAGGUGUUCAAUUGGUUCGUCUUGUUUUCUUAAAUAUCUUCAGGUUUUUGUCAUUAUUCAUGAUUAUACAAAAAUGUGAAAGUGAUAGUGGAAUUAAAAUAUUUUUUUGUGAAAAAAAAAGAGAAAGCAAAAAAGAAAAAAAUACUUAAGCGCCUAUAAUAAAAGGGGAAAAAAAAGGAAUUAAUGACAAUAUUUUUAAAGAAAAUUUCAAUUAUUCUUAUACUUCUGUUUAUUUUCAAACUUUUUAAAGGUAUUGAACAUUUAUCCACCUAGUCAAGUUAAUAGUCAUCAUAUUUUUCAAUGUUUCAUGGGUCCCCCGUUUAUUUAUCUCUUUUUAUUUUCUUGUAUUUUAUCAUUGUUAUACACAUCUAAAAGCAUCUUAUUGAAUCUCAUCAUUCCGUGUGUUAUCAUUAAUUUCUUGCUUCAAGCCUAUUUGUCAUCUAAAUCAUUUGUAAACAUUGUGUCAAACUUACCACUACCACAACCACCACCAAUAAUUGUGUGCCAUUAGGACUUUCAUGCAUUUGUGUGUGUGUGUGUGUGUUGUCUGCAUUACGCUGUUCACCUUUUCUUUGUCAAUUUAAAGCUUCAUAUAUAUAAGUAUUCCCUUGCAUAUUUUCAACUGAUUUUACUAAUCAUGUCUUGUUAUGUUAGGUAGUAGUAGUAGCAGUAGUAUGUAGGUAGAUAUGUGACAAAUCGUCAUCUUUCUGCGUUAGGUAAUCGUUUUUUUUUUCAAAAAAAAUGUUUCCCGGUUUAGUUACUUGUUUUUAUUAAAUUUAUUUAUUAUUCAGACAAACUGUAGGGUGUUUGUCAUCCUUCUUCGCCCUUUUUUUAAUCUCUCUCUCUUUCUCUCUCAAUAUUGAAUAGGCUUUAAUCUCGAAUUAAAUAAACUAAUGUAAAACUUUUACACUUCUCCACUCUGAAGUUUUAUUCUUUUGAUGUUUUCUAUCGGAUAGAUAGUUGAUAGGUCUGUCUGUCCGGUGGGUAGUUUUUCAUGUUAUCAUCAUCAUCAUUACCACUGUCUUCUGAUCUUUGUCAAUUCUAUAAGCGAUAGAAAAUGACUGCAUUAUGUUUUAUUCUUUGGGAUUCACUUCAUCAACAUACCUAUAUUGAUCUGUGUUUGUGUGGGCUUCAAAAGGGGUACUCGUUUUCUUUAACCCUAUUGACUACAUUGGAUUUUAGUGUUUCUGGUUUCCUCUCCUCUUCAUUCGCUUUGAUAUCUUGCUUAUUACAUGAUUUUAUUGUAUGUAAAACACUUUUCUCCGCACUAUAUUACAUCUUCAAUAAAGAAUGAUGAUAGGGGGUGUAUAAUGAUUAUUUAUGCAUAUUCUUCAUCUGGCUUCCUUUACCUCGAUUCAUAUUUUUUUGUCCAAUGCUUAUCAUCAUAUGCAGUUGUGUGUGUGAUUAGGAGUCAUUUGAAUAAGAAGUUUCAAAGAGUCUUGCUUAUUCCUCUUUCUUUCCUUUUUUUUUAAUCCCCCCCAUCCCCAUUUUAUUGCUAUUAGUAAUUUCUUAGUGUGUAAAAACAAAAAGGCGAUGAUUAUUGUUCUCCUUUCUGUCGUUGAUGUUGCCUGAUAUUGUUUUUUUUCUCUGUUCCGAUUUAUCAUUCUGUUUAUUUACUCUUGCAAUUAUGCAUAUUCAUAUAUACAUACAUUAAAAAAAUUACUUACUAAAAAUUGCUAAUUUUCUCAAUCGUCAACAUUAUCAUCGCCUACAGGUGGCUAGUGUUUGUUUGUUAUUCUAAGUGAUCUGUCUACGCCGAAUAGGUGAGACUUCUCAAGCGAUAAUUGGAGAGAGGGGCAUAUGUAGCUCAAUAUGUGCAAACUUCCAGUUGCCUAUAAAUGAUAAUAUAGAUAUAACUGACGCCCUUACUGGGAGGUCUGUUUCACCCUUUAGUAAUAACAGAAACAGUUUAUUCAAUUCAUUGGGCAUUGCUGAUAAAAAUGGAUAUAAGUAGUACGUGUUGAGGGCGGCAGAAAUCAUAGGGAAUUACCAGCAGUGGGCAAGGAUUCUGCUCAGAGAAACGCAAGAGACAAUACGGGCGUAUGAAGAACAAAUCAAGAGAGAAGCAAAUGACUGUCUUAGUGCAAAGUGUACCAAUAUUUAACGACUACUGUACCGCAUGUUAAUAAUGAACAUUUUUUUCCCUC